GUUCGUGAAGAAGAAAUUUGAGGAGUUGUAUUUUCAAAGCACUGCCCCUGAUCGCGUUGACCGGGUCUUUAAAAUAUACAGAACCACUGCACUUGAUCAGAAGCUAGUGAAGAAGACUUUCAAACUCGUUGAUGAGACUUUGAGGAGAAGAAACCUCUUUGAAGCAGGCUUGUUGUGACCACCGAGCAAUUUUUUGGGAAAAAUGUCAAUAUUUUUAAAUGAAGUAUCCGAAUUUUCAACAGCAAAGUUGGAACUCUCAAAAAUGGAUGACUGGCAUAUCAUAUUCUACGGGUUAAAAGUUCUAGAUUCCCCUCAUGUUAGCAUUCUAUAGGAGCUUGAUUUGAUUUUAUUUUUUUAAAUUCCCUAUUGUCGUAUUAUUAUUACCUUAUAAGCUCCUCAUGAAGUUUUUGUUCUUUCCCUAGUUCCCAACACCCGUCCCCUUACCCUUUUUGUUCUUUAUUUCAAUUUGUAUCCCUUCUCAUUAGGGAUGAAAACCAAUACACAUUACAAAAUGAUACGCUCCUGCAGUUUAUUGUUGUGAUUAUUCCUCUCAAGCUUUACAUUUACAUUUGAUUUCUA